ACCCACAUUCUUGUCUUCUUCGCUGUUCAGUGUUCGUUCAUUGACAUAACUGAGAAAACCGUAACCGUCGUGACCGUCAGUCCUUCCAGAUCGCCCGCAAUUUGCAUCGAAAUUCGGUGUCUUGGUGCCACCAGUGUGAAACAGAGUGAGCCGAUUUUUGCAUCCUUUUCAAAAUCAAUUGAAUCAUGGAAGAAGACACAGAGUAUUUGAAGUUGCCCAUAGAAGAUCGAUGUGUACACAAGUUGUGGAAGGCACGGUUGAAUGGAUACGAAGAGGCAGCGAAGUUAUUUAACAAAAUUGACGAUGAAAAGUCGCCAGAAUGGAACAAAUUUUUGGGAUUAGUUAAGAAGUUUGUUACUGACAGCAAUGCUGUUGCUCAGGAAAGAGGUCUGGAAGCCACUUUGGCUUUUGUUGAGAAUUGUGGUUCUGCUGGCAAAACUGCCAGUGAUGUGGUUGCCAGUAUUGUUGCCAAAAGUAUUGCUGCUCCCAAAACAAAGACCCGAGAGUUGUCCCUCCAGAUAAUCUUGAUGUAUGUCGAGAUUGAGAAGCAGGAAGCUGUGCAAGAAGAGCUUAUCAAGGGUAUGGAUCAUAAAAAUCCAAAGAUUGUAUCUGAAUGUGUGUCAGCAGUCACUCAAGCUUUAAGGGAGUUCGGUCCUAAAGUCAUCACUAUUAAACCACUUGUCAAGAAAAUGCCCUCACUUCUUGAAGACAGAGAUAAAACUGUGAGAGAAAACGGAAAAGCAAUGGUUGUUGAAAUGCAUAGAUGGAUUGGACCUGCUCUGAAACCGCAGUUAUCAUCAUUGAAGCCACUUCAGGUUACUGAACUUGAAACAGAAUUUGAGAAAGCCAAAAACGAAAAGGUUUUGCCCACUCGCUAUUUGCGCUCUCAGCAAGCAAAACAAGCAAAAGCUGCUGCCGAGGCUGCAGAGGCUGGUGAAGACGGGGAGGAUGAGGCGGACAAUGAUGCUGCGGUGGAAAUAGAUCCCUACGAGCUGAUGUCAGCGGUAGAUAUUUUGUCGAAGUUGCCCUCUGGCUUUUAUGAAAAGGUGGAAGCCAAGAAGUGGCAAGAGAGGAAAGAAGCUGUUGACGAGCUUGAAACACUUCUCCAGAAGUCCCCCAAACUAGAAAGUGGAGACUAUGGUGAUUUAGUGCGAGCACUGAAGAAGAUCAUUUCCAAAGACUCGAAUGUCGUUGUUGUUACUGUUGCUGGGAAAUGUCUUGCGGGCUUGGCCAAUGGUUUGAAAAAGCGGUUUUCUCCGUACGCUUCGGCUUGCAUACCAGCACUGCUGGAAAAAUUCAGGGAGAAAAAAGCAACUGUUGUGGCUGCAAUCCGAGAAGCCAUUGAUGCUGUGUUCCUUAGUACGAAUAUCGAGAACAUUCUAGAGGAUGUCUUGGCCGCUCUGGAAAAUAAGAACCCUUCUGUAAAAUCAGAAACUGCAGCAUUUUUGGCUCGCUGUUUUACCAAGUGCACUGCUGUCAUGCUGAAUAAGAAGUUACUCAAAAGUUAUUCUGCCGCUCUGAUAAAGGCUUUAAAUGAACCUGAUCCUUCUGUCAGAGACAAUGCUGCGGAAGCUUUGGGCACAGCAUUAAAGGUGGUUGGAGAGAAAGCCUUGAUGCCUUUUGUCAGUGAUGUGGAUAACUUGAAGAUGGCAAAGAUUCGAGAGUGUUGUGAAAAAGCUGUUAUUGUAGCGAAACCUGCAAAGGCUGCUCCACCAGAGAGACCAAGCACUGCUCCUGCAAAGAGUGCUGCUCCUUCAGCUGCUAAGCCUCAAGCUGGGAGUUCUGCACCGAAACCUGUGAAGAGGCCUGCGACCAGUGCUGGGCCAGCCCGAAAACCAGCUGCUGCAGCUUCUGCUGCUGGUAAAAAAACUGCACCCAAGGCUGGUAAAGAGUCGAAGCUUGCUCAGGAGAAGGAUCUCAGUCAGGAGGAAGUUGAUGAGAAAGCUGCUGAACUGCUCUCAGCUGAAACUAGUGGAUUGGCCGAUGGUGUUUGGAAAAAUCGCCUUGCAGCUGUUGAAGAAUUUGAUCGGGCUGUGAAAGUAAUGGAGAAAGAGGAUGCCCAAACUCAAGUACUUGUUCGAACUCUACACAAGAAACCUGGUUUGAAGGACACCAAUUUCCAAGUUCUUAAAGCUAAACUAGAAGCAGUUAAAUACAUAGCUGAAAAUUUCAUCAUUACAGUGACUACAACAAAUUACAUUUUGAAUGACAUUGCUGAGAAAUUGGGAGAUGCCAAAAAUGGUGCCAUAUCAGCUGAAGUUCUGACUGCAUUAGCAGAGGCCACAAAGCUUGAUCAUGUUGCCUCUGAAGUAAUAGAAUAUGCCUUCAACAAACAGAAGAGUCCAAAGGUUCAGCAAGAAGCAUUGAAUUGGCUUUCUCAAGCCCUUCUGGAGUUUGGAUUUGUUGUGCAACCAAAAGCUCUAAUAGACAAUGUGAAAAAAGCUCUUGCAUCUAACAAUCCUGCUGUUCGAACAUCAGCAAUCCAGCUUUUGGGUACUUUGUAUUUGUUUAUGGGACAGCAGUUGAGUUUGUUUUUUGAGAAUGAGAAACCAGCUUUAGUUCAGCAAAUCAAUGCUGAGUUUGAAAAGCGUGCUGGUGAGAAGCCACCUGCUCCGAUAAGGGGUCUUUCAAAAUCAGACUCAACAGACUGUGACCCAUCUGAUGAUGGUGAUGCUGAUGCGCCCCAGGAAGCAAUCAAUGUACAGGACCUCCUUCCUCGAGUUGACAUAGGGCCACAACUCACCUCUGCUAUCAUCAAUGAGUUGUCUGAUAAAAACUGGAAGGUGAGAAAUGAAGCUUUGCAGAAAGUUACUAAUAUUCUAUCUGAAGCUCGUUUCAUCACGGGAAGCUUGGGGGAACUACCUCCUGUACUUGCGCAACGGUUGGUGGAUUCAAAUGCCAAUAUUGCUGCAGCUGCAAUGAGUAUCUGCCAAAACCUUGCAACUGCUAUGGGGCCGGCUUGUCGGCAACAUACUCGAACUUUUUUCCCUGGUUUGCUGCAGUGCAUGGGUGACAGCAAGCCUCGUAUCAGGGCCACUGCUGUUGCAUGUGUCAACACGUUUGGAGAGCAGGGAGGUUUCAAAGAGUUCUUCGAGGGGGAAGUGAUUGCUGAUGGUUUGAAAACUGGAUCACCAGCUCUUCGUGUGGAGUUGUGGAAUUGGCUUUCUGAGCGUCUACCAUUGAUGAAAGCUGUUCCCAAGGAUGAACUCAUCGCAUGUCUUCCUUAUUUGUACUGUAACUUGGAAGACCGCAAUGCCGAUGUUCGCAAGAAUGCUCAGGAAGCAACUUUAGGUGUAAUGAUUCAUGUUGGAUAUGAAGGAAUGCUCAAGGCAACAUCAUCUUUGAAGCCUGGUUCUCGUAAUGUUGUUGUGACGCACCUGGAUAAAGUACGGGCUAAUCUACCUGCCAAGCCAGCACCAGCUAAAAGUCGUGCAAUUCCUUCAUCACAAAGUGAUGACCAAAUUGCAAACAAGGCAGGUGCAAAGACAAUUAAGUCUCCUAAUUCCAAAACAGUAAUCAGCAGUGGAACUAAAACCAUCACAAAGUCAAAGUCGGGAUCUGCAGUCAAACCAGUAGCCCGAAAGAAGGAUGAAGAUGUGGACACAUCUCCACUUCUUCAGGUGAACAUUUUGAAAAAUCAGAGAGCUAUUGAUGAGCAGAAAUUGAAGGUUCUUAAGUGGAAUUUCAAUACUCCUCGAGACGAGUUUGUGGAACAACUCCGGGAUCAGAUGAAUACAGCUUGCUUUAACCGAAAUCUUACCACAAAUAUGUUCCACUCGGAUUUCAAAUUCCACCUGAAGGCAAUUGAUAUGCUUAUUGAGGAUCUCCCAGACAAUGGCAAAGCUUUGACAUGCAAUUUGGAUUUGAUUCUCAAGUGGAUGACUUUACGGUUCUUUGAUACUAAUCCAUCAGUGCUUCUGAAAGGAUUAGAAUACCUGCAGACAGUGUUCAACAUGUUAAUUGAUGAAAAUUACAGUAUGUUGGAAACUGAAGCAGCUUCAUUUAUACCUUAUCUUAUUCUGAAGGUUGGUGAUCCCAAAGAUGCUGUAAGGCAUAGUGUCAGAGCCCUAUUUAAGCAAAUUGGCCAAGUGUACUCUGUUAGCCGUCUGUUUUCACACAUCCUUGACGGAUUGAAGUCGAAGAAUGCCAGGCAGCGAACAGAAUGUUUAGAGGAGUUAGGGUCUUUGAUAGAAAAUUAUGGGAUCACUGUAUGUACACCAUCUGCUGCUGUGGCUUUAAAGGAAGUUGCCAAGCAAAUUUCUGACAGGGACAAUGCUGUGCGCAAUGCAGCGUUGAACUGUGUUGUCCAAGCUUUCUUCUUGGAAGGUGAAAAGGUGUACAAAAUGGUUGGCAAUAUAUCAGACAAAGAUAUGUCUCUACUAGAGGAACGUAUAAAGCGAGCAGGCAAGAACAGGCCCGCUACUCGAGCCCCAUUAAAUCCUGUUAGACCAUCACUUGCUCCCCUUUCUCAACAACCUGCUCAGCCCUCUCCUCCUCAAGAUGUUCAAGAAGAUCAAGAACCAGAGGAAGAAGAGGAGGAACCAAUUGAAAAUCAUCAGCCAGUGAUCGAGCAGAAGCCUCCGCCAGUGUCUGGUCCAUUUGGGUUAGAUAUGGACUUCAUUGAGAAAAUAGAAACUGGAAAACCAACAGACCAUAAAACAAGCCUGCUCAAGGUUGACUUGUCAGGACUCUAUGAUGGAUCUGACAACGCAAAGUCUAACAACUUAAAAAGGGAAACUCAUGGCAGAGUAUUAAAUGCCUUGAAUAUUCACAACUCUCCCAAAACAAGUCCCUUGUCUGAUGUACUGAAGGAUUUGAACUUAUCUAGGCUGCAGAAGCCACAGCAGCCGAGAGAUCCUGUUGAAGAUUUGCUGGACCGAUCCCUAAGUUUGAUUGCUGGAUCGGAUAUGGACAAAUGCAAGGAAACACUGGUGCAGGUCGAUUAUGUGAUGAGAUCAGACAAGGUGCAUGUGCUCGUGCCAAGAGUUGAUCAACUGAUGUCUUGUUGCAUUGCUCAAAUGCGCACUAUUGGUUUAUGCAACACUGUGUAUUCAAAGGAAGAGCAAAUAUUUGUCCUUCGGGCACUGUUCGCAGCACUCCAUUCUUUUUAUAGCCAGCCAAUUCUGUCUAAACAAGUGUCCAUGGCAGAUAUCAGGGAGUCUAUUGUCGUCAUGGUGAGAAUGUUGGCUGAAAAGCGUUUGGAUGGUCUGUCUGAUUCGGAUAAUUUUGUUCAACUUGUAAAUAUGCUUGUCAUGGUUAUUAUUGACAAAGCUGACCACACUAGGGUAACUUGUGCUCUGCUGAAACUUCUUCAUGAAUCUGUUGAGAGAGGUGAACAGUGGCCUGCUAAAAUGCAAGAGUUGAUUAUGAAGUGCAUCUGGAAAGUUGUCCGCUCGUUCCCGUCUUGGGAGCCCGACAUUGACUAUGAACCUAUUAUUUGUGACAUUCACAGUUUCCUAAAGUCCUUCCCAACCCGAAUGUGGAAACAGGCUCAGUCAGAUGUCCCAUUGAGAACUGUCAAGACUCUGCUGCAUGCCAUGGUGAAGCAAAGGGGCACCAAGGUGCUCAUGUACAUGAACUGCAUCAAUGAACCUGCAGAGUCAGAAUUGGCUAUCUAUGUGAAUAAAUUUAUUAAGACUGUUAAACAAGAUGAUCAGAAGGCAAAAGAAGAUAAAUCAUCUCCCCAACAACGCCUCUCAAAAGACACACAUGAAGAGUUAGCUGGAAUCUUCAAGAAAAUUGGAUCCAAAGAUCACACUCAGGAGGGUUUACGGUUGUUGUAUGAAUUUAAGGAGCAGCAUACAGAUGCUAGCAUUGAACCAUUCCUCAGGAAGUCAACACAAUUCUUCAGAGAUUAUAUUCAGAGAGGUCUUGCAACUAUUGAACUAGAUCGUCGGCGACAGGCAGCAAGUCCUGCAUCAGUAUUGAGGCCCACCACAACCAGUGUCUCAAACAAAGCCCCAGUGCUUUUAGACAAUGCAUGCAGCAUUGGUGAUGGCAGUUCUGAUGAUCAUCCAGACCCACAGUACUAUGCUCAGAGAUUGCGUGCCCUGCAGCAAUGUGCUGGCUUUGAAGUCUCCAAUGCUGUUUCAGCUCCCACAAAAAAAGAACAGACUCUGGAUCUGGAGGCGCAGCUAGGCUUUGACCAGAAUCUGAAUUUUAAUUCUCCACGAGAAAAUGCAAAUGAGAUAAGCACUCCAUCACGUCGCAAUGAUUUUUCAAGUUGUGAAGCACUGCGCAGGAGACUUGAAGAAGUGAAAAGUUCCGCAAGAUGAGGACAAGUGGUCCCUCCAUUGCUCCCGGUUUCUUUUUCCCUAUUUAUUUUUAAUCAACAUUUUACUCCUUAAUGUAGUGGUACAUAAAUCUGUACCGCAGAAAUCUUAAACUAAUCUACUUAGAUCUUUGUUUUAGACUUAUUUUGUCUGCCCUGUAAAAUUAGAUGAACAGAGCCUUGAUCUCAGGAGGUGUGUUCUCAAUUUGUGGUCUGAAGUUUGUUCAGUGGUAUGUUUAUAAUGGAAUUGUAACCAUGCAUCAGUAAGUGCCUCCCUCAUUAUUUUACUUUAUAAUACAGGUUUUUGUGAAAUUCUUUUCAAUUGAUGUGCUGUGAUAAAGAUGUUGUGAAAGGUAUCAAUUGUUACUGGAAAGGGAGGAUGUGUGCUACAUGUUAACAUUUUAACCUGUUGAACCUUGGCCCUCUAGUGGCUUUUUAAGUGCUGCAACUUAAUGUCCUAUGAUUAACUACUAUGAAGCCUUAAUAGAAUUAAACAGAAUAAAGCAGUUUUAACAUUUA